UUAUUUACUAGACUGCAAUGCAGUACAAACCUGUCUCUAAUCCCUGACCGAGCAGUGUUGCUAUGUGGGUGGAUGCAGCUGAACAUCGCCCACGACUUCUGCCUCUGGAAAACAUUCAUUUAGUAGUGCACAGACAUGCUAUACAACAGCAUUGCAGCGUCCUGUCCAGUCAGGGUAGUCAACAGUUAAAUACGUUUGAAGACACCAGGAGACAGUGCAAGAAGUGCCAGGGAACGUACCACUGCACUGACAUCAUUUCCUCCAGUAACUUGCAGCUUCAAUAUGGACCUCGCUCUUCCGGUAUUUUUUUAAAAACUACGCUGGCCGAGGUGCUGAAAGCUGAGUCUAUUACAGGUUAAUGGCAGACAUGGAAAACAUGUGUGAUCCAAUCAGAAGGGCUGUUUGCAAUGGAGUGGCUGAGAAUAACACCGUUGUUUUGGUUGUUGAGGAUCAUGGUCGUCAGAUUCUGAAUAUCCUUCAAAAUUUCAGAGAAGAGAAUCUCUUUUUUGAUUUCAGAAUACUUGUAAAGGAUGAAACCAUCCUGUGCCACCGAUGUGUCUUGGCAGCCUGCAGUGAUUUCUUCAGGGCCAUGUUUGCAGUGAACAUGAGAGAACGAGAUGCUGGGAGUGUGACGAUGAACAACUUGUCCCCGAAAGCCGUAAGGGCCUUUCUGGAUUUUGCGUACACAGGGAAAACAGAGAUCACAGAAGAAAAUGUUGAGAUGUUCUUCCAGCUGUCCUCCUUUCUGCAGGUUGCCAUCCUUUCUAAAGCAUGCAGUGGUUUUCUUAUCAAAACUAUUGACCUCACAAACUGCCUGCAGCUGCUCUCCCUAUCAGAGGGCUAUGGCUCUACCAGUUUGUAUGAUCAUGCCCUGGAUUUUGUGGUGCAGCACUUUCACUCACUAACAAAAUCGUCCGAUUUCCUGGAGAUGAAUGUUGAGAUCCUGAAAAAAUGUCUCAAAGCGGACAAACUCAGCGUUCCAGAUGAAGAAACUGUCCUGAAAGUCCUUCUCCAGUGGACAAAGCAUGAUCUGGAGAACCGGCAAAAACUCUUUCCCCACCUGAUCAAACUCAUAAGACUGCAUCAAAUGCCCAAAGAGACUCUAGAGGACUUCUCGCGAUCAGAGAGUCUGCUGGCCAGCAAUAUGGAGUGCACUGAGACCAUUAGAGAGGUAACCCAAAGCCUUCAGGAGCUCAGCGGAAUUUUUAAUGACGCCCGGCCCUCUACAACUGACAAGUAUAUUUAUGUCCACAAGACCGAAGAGAAUGGAAAAAUUCAGCACACCUUCUGCUACAAUAUUGAAACCGACCACUGGAAAGAGCUACCUAAGACCCAUAUUGUCGAUCUCUCUGGUUCCAGUUUUGCCAGCUUUGGUGAAAAGCUGUUUGUGACCGGUGGUUGCAAAGGGAAUUGCUGCAGGGCUGUGCGGGUGCAUAUUGCUGAAUCUUUCCACGAUGCCACAGAUGAGACCUGGUGCUACUGCCCAGUCCAGAAUGACUUAUUUCUGGUCCCCCCGAUGAAGAAACCUCGAACAAUGCACACAUCUGUCACAGCUUUAAAUAACAUCUACGUCAUCGGUGGAAAGACUCGAGGACCACGGAACACCAAAAGCUUGUUAGACGUGGAGGUUUAUAACCCUCUCAGUAAAGAAUGGAAAUCAGUGGGUCCUCUGCCGAGAGGUAUUUACUAUCCAGAAGCUUGCGCCUGCGAGAGUGUCAUCUAUGUUCUGGGUUCUGAACUGGAAACAUCUGAUAUCUUCAACCCAUCGCUGGACUGUUUCUUCAGGUACAAUGCCAGUACAGACCAGUGGUCUGAGCUGGUUGCCGAAUUUGGGCAGUUCUUUCAUGCCACCUUAGUCAAAGCCGUGCCCGUAAACAACACCUUGUACAUAUGUGACUUGUCCACUUACAAAGUGUACAGCUUCUGCCCGGAAACAUGCGUGUGGAAGGGGGAAGGAUCUUUUGAAUGUGCCGGCUUCAAUGCAGGAGCCAUUGGAAUUGCAGACAAAAUCUACAUACUAGGAGGGGACUAUGCACCAGAUGAAAUAACAGAUGAAGUACAAGUGUAUCACAGCAACCGGUCGGAAUGGGAGGAAGUCUCACCAAUGCCAAGAGCUUUAACAGAGUUUCAUUGUCACGUGAUGCAGUUUAACAGGUAUCGAGACCCAUGGAAAUCAAAUCCAGAAAUGUAAAAAAAAUAUAUAUUUAUAUAUAUAUACAGUAUAUAUAUAUACAGUUGUAGUCAAAAUUUUACAUACCCCAAUGGAAAUUUAGAAUUUCUAUACGAUUAGGAUAUUUGUCAAUGAGCUUUGGCAUGAUUCUUUAUUGAUUUUUGACCAUUCUUCAAUGCAAAAUUGUUCCAGUUAAUUAAACUUCCGAAGACUAGUGCACAGCCUUCUUCAACUCAUACCAAAGAUUCUCAAUCAGAUUUAGAUUGAAACUUUGACUAGGCCAUUCCAGAACCUUGAUUUUAUUCUUCUUUAACCAUUCUGAAGUAGAUUUUAAUGUGUGCUUUGAAUCGUUGUUGUGUUGGAACGUCCAGUUGCGCUUCAAACCAAGUUUUGUAGCCGAGGGUUUCAGAUGUUUGGCUAAUAUCUUUUGGUUUGCUAUGGAUUAAAUUUUACCAUGUAUUGGAACUAUAUUGGAACUAAAUUUCCUGUGCCAUUAGAGGAAAAACAGCCCCAUAGAAGGAUAUUACCACCUUCAUGCUUGACAGUAGUUAUGGUGUUCUUUUCUUUGUACGCCUCACCAGACUUUCUCCAAACGCAGCGACUAUCAGCGUGACCAAAUAGCUUGAUUUUUGUUUCGUCACUCCACCAAUCCUUUGACCAGAACUCAUGUCCAUCAUUCAAAUGCAAUUUUAAAAACUUUAAGCAAUUGUCCUUAUGACGUUUUCCUAACAAGGCAUUACAGGUUAUGCCAGCUCUGUUUACGGAGCGAUUGAGACCAGCACGCAGGCUGCAUUCAUUUUAAUUAAUUACAAUAAAUGGGAACAUUGAAAACCUCCAGUUUUAUUAUUAUUAUUAUUAUUAGUUUAUUUAGCAGACGCCUUUAUCCAAAGCGACUUACAGAGACUAGGGUGUGUGAACUAUGCAUCAGCUGCAGAGUCACUUACAACUACGUCUCACCCGAAAGACGGCGCACAAGAAGGUUAAGUGACUUGCUCAGGGUCACACAAUGAGUCAGUGACUGAGGUGGGAUUUGAACUGGGGACCUUCUGGUUACAAGUCCUUUUCUUUAACCACUGGACCACACAGCCUCCUCAACACAUAAUAGAACCUUGUUUGAGGGACUAUUUCUCCAAUUUUCUCCAAUUUUGCAUUGAAGAAUGGUAAAAAAAAAUCACUGAAGAAUCGUGCCAAAAGCUCAUUGACAAAUAUCCUAAUCAUUUUUAAAAAGUUAUUAUUGCUAAAGGUGCCUCAGCCAACUAUUAAUUUCAUUUUCCUUGUCAGAGUAUGAAUACUUUUGAAUGAGCAUUUUUGGAGUUUUGCAAAAAUCUAUUUCUUGUAAUUUGUUUUCCUCAUCCACAAAAGCAAAAGUUUUGCUACAAAAGAUUUUUCCUAAAAUUCUUUGUUUUUGAGAAAUUUCGAGAAAUUAUAAAUUUCCAUUGGGGUAUGUAAACCUUUGAUUACAACUGUAACUGUAAAUCUAUUUGUAAAUAUACUUCAAUGGAAUGAUUCCAUGCAUUCUAAAUAUGGUUGAACUAAAGGGAUAUAAUCCCUGAUAUAUGCCCUUAGAAUCUUUGUAACCGCAUCACAAGAACAAAUCAAACAAGAUCACUUCAUCAGCUAUUAACAAAAUGUCGUUUAAAGUAAAUUUCACCCUUUUUAAUUAUUAUUAUUAUUUAUUAUUAUUUAUUUCUUAGCAGACGCCCUUAUCCAGGGCGACUUACAAUCGUAAGCAAAUACAUUUCAAGUGUUACAGUACAAGUAAUACAAUAAGAGCAAGAUAAAUACAAUGACUUUGGUUCAAGCAAGUACAAGUGUGACAAAAUACAAUUCAAUACUACAGCAGAUAACAGUGACAGUGAUAAUUACAUCAAGAUAUGAUUAACUACAAAAUACUACAGAUUAAACACUUGGCAGAUUACAGUACUCUGAAGUACAGGAUUAAAUGCAGAUAAGAGCAAAUAAAGCACAAUUAAGGAAGGGUGAUAGUGUCCCAGGGUAAAAACAGAGGAGUACCACAGGUGCUGUCUGAAGAGGUGAGUCUUAAGGAGGCGCCGGAAUGUGGUCAGGGACUGGGUGGUCCUGACAUCUGUAGGUAGGUCAUUCCACCACUGCGGAGCGAGGGUGGAGAAGGAGCGGGCUCUGGAGGCAGGGGAGCGUAUAGGAGGUAGAGCCAGUCUUCUAGUGCAGGCAGAGUGGAGUGGUCAAGUGGGGGUGUAGGGAGAUUUGAGGGUCUGGAGGUAGCUGGGUGCAGUCUGGUCAAGGCAUCUGUAGGCUAGUACAAGAGUCUUGAACUGGAUGCGAGCGGUGAUCGGGAGCCAGUGGAGCGAGCGGAGUAGUGGAGUAGCGUGGGCGAAGCGAGGCAGAGAGAACACCAGGCGAGCAGCAGAGUUCUGGAUGAGCUGGAGCGGACGGGUGGCGGACGCAGGGAGGCCAGCCAGGAGGGAGUUGCAGUAGUCUAGGCAGGAAAGUACCAAGGCCUGGACCAGGAGCUGGGUGGCAUAGUUGGUGAGGAAGGGUCGGAUUCUUCGGAUGUUGCUCAGGAAGAAUCGGCAAGUGCGUGCCAGAGUGGAGAUGUGCUGGGAAUAAGAGAGGCAGGGGUCCAGGGUGACUCCGAGGUUCUUAGCGGAGGAAGAGGGAGAGAGUGUGGUAGAUUCCAGAGGAACAGAAAUAGAGAGAUCAGAGGAGGGGGAGGAGGGGGGAAAGAAAAGGAGGUCAGAUUUACAGAGAUUGAGUUUGAGGUGAUGCGAGUGCAUCCAGGAGGAAAUAGCAGACAGACAGGUAGAGAUACGGGAGGAGAUGGUGGAGUCAGAAGUGGGGAAGGAGAGGAAAAUCUGAGCAUCAUUAGCAUAGAAAUGGUAUGAGAAACCAUAGGAUGCGAUGAGGGGGCCCAGGGAGCGGGUGUAGAGAGAGAACAGGAGAGGACCCAAGACUGACCCAAUAAGAUGUCAACUGAGGAAUGGCUAAAUCAAAACAUCCUGGAAAAUACGAGCACCUCUGUGAUGUCUACAGUUGCUAUAAGUAGUACAGAGAGAAGUACUGUCAGACAAACUGAAAAACCUUUUCAAUAAUAGCAUUUUUAAUAACUGCUUGAUAUCUGGAAAUACUCAAAUCAAUUACCAAGGAAACGACUAAUUAUUAUUAUUAUUAUUAUUAUUAUUAUUAUUAUUAUUAUUAUUAUUAUUAUUACAAUUGCAUAAUCUUUUUUUCAGAUCUUUGUCCUUAGUUUAUUUCCACGGAAGCAUUUUUAAUAACUGCACACUAAUAAUAAUAAUAAUACUACUACUACUACUACUACUACUACUACUACUACUACUACUAAUAAUAAUAAUAAUAAUAAUAAUAAUAAUAAUAAUAAUAAUAAUCUUUUUUCACAAUCUUUUGUUCUCUGUUUAUUCAAAUAAAAGUAUACAGUUUUAAAAACGCUGUUUUGUACACUCAUUUUAUAGAGAAGAUCGUUAUGGAGGACUAUAUUUAUAGAACGUUCAUUUAAGAGUGCUUAUGUGGAAGGAUACGUAAAAAAAAAGAAGGAAAACCUACAUAAAUUCAGUUAAAAUCAAUAAAAAUGAUAGUUAAUUGUGCUGAAACAUUGAAGUAUAUAAGCAAUAAGACCCUCCACAUCGGGCAUUACCGGGCAUUAGACGACCGUUUGGUUGUAAUAGUGCCCUCGACUUCUCGUAUAAUGCCUGGUACUGACCUAUGUGUUGGGUCUUAUUGCUUACUUAUAAUGUUCUGUUUUAAAAUCACAACACAGUGUUUUGCACAAAUCCUAAACUUGAGUCUAUUGUGGAGAUAAUGUAACUUUAAUCACUGUUGCAUCUGUGCUGGACAAAGCUUUAAUUAUUUAUUUCAUGUUAUUGCAUUUUUUGCAUAUAUUGAACGCAGCUAUAUUGAAAUAAUAGACACUUUCCAGUAACAGCUGAAUAUGUAUUUGAUGUUGGCUAACAGGAUGUAAUAAUAAGUUAGCCAGUUUACUGGCGCAGAUAUAGUUCAAUGCUGCAGGGAUUCACAUCAGUAACACUGCACAUACUUUACAAUCUCCGAGCCAUGCUUUUGAUUCUGUUAACAUUCCAGAUGCCUACAAGCUUACCACAAGCUAAAGAAGUUAAUGAGUAAGCAGCUUCAGGUUUCAUGUUCUUAAGUUUGAGUUUUACUCUCCUGUUACCCUUUUAUGAUGUUUGCAAUCAGUCUGAGUGGUUCUCAAUGCCUUUACUCAAAUACUGUGUUUGUUUGUUGUAUUCUUUGAAUAGUGAGGUGCAUUUUCACUUCCGUUCGGGACCUGCUCUUCGAUUCUUGUUGCCUGUCACAGAUAUUUGUGAUGGAGGUUAGAUCAGUCAACGUGUAUUUAUAAAAGUAAGAGGCAGCACCAUCUAGUGAGAUAGUGAUUGGCCCCUUUGGAUCAAGUUUCCUCUUGUUUUUCAAGCAGUACACUAGCUGUGCACUAGGUGGUGCUGGCACCAAUAAAAAGACAUUUGGGGUGAUCUAGCAUGCAUUUCAAAUGUUUAUGGUAGGCAACUAACUAUAUAGUAGGGGGAGGACAUUGUAGUCUAUGGGUUUAAGAAAGUUGGUAACAGGACUACAUCCCCCAGAAUGUCAUGGUUUGAAAUUAGAGCUGGGAUAAUUAUCACCUGGCUCUAUAUGAUGAGGAACACCUGCCUGUAAUUUAAGCAGGCAGGUAUUUAAGCAGGUCAAAGUUGUAGGCUGUCUGUCCGCCUCUGGGUGUGAAACCUGUCAACAGACCUGUGACCCUGCAUCCUUAAGUUAGGUUUUGUCUUGCUGGUUUGUGUUUAUGAAUAAAUAUACAGGCACCUGUUUUAACCAUAUCUGUGGUCCAGUGUACUUGUUCUACACUAAAAGACAGUGAAAAAGGUCCUGAAAGUAGCAAAGCAAUCCCUAUCUAUCUAUCUAUCUAUCUAUCUAUCUAUCUAUCUAUCUAUCUAUCUAUCUAUCUAUCUAUCUGUAUUCAGAAAAACACAAUAUUUUAGUAAUUGCAAUAUAACUAUUUAGGAUGUUUACAAACAUCACACAAUGGUUAUGGGGCUGUAAAAAUAAAUAAGGAAAUGUAACCUAUUAUGUUAUGUAACCUAGUGUGUUUUACUGUGGCAUUAGACCUUCCAAAAAGACCUCAGAAACAGCUAGAAGAAGAUCCAAGCAUGUCCUUCAUUGUUGAAUUGAACAGCCCCGCUCCUUAUUCCAGCCUGGUCUUCAAUUGUUAAUUGAACCUGGCUGUUCAGUUCAUUGAGACCUUGUUGGAACCAGGUCCCGGAUUGGAAUGGAGUAUCAGUGCACUCAAAUAUUAACACUAACUGCUUUUUUUCGACAACACUGUGACACCCUGCUGGCCUGGCACUCCAUCAUGCCAUAUAAGAUGCCAAAGGAGGCCCACAAUGCACUGACAUAGUACGGUGCGGCAUGUAGUUAAAAUAGUGUUGAUCAAACAAUGUGGCAUGGUUUUUAAAGGGUGAAAAUACCUGGCCAGCACAAUGUCACAAUGACUACGAUUAGUAAAUGUAACCAAUGUUUUGAUUAGAGCUGAUCUUGGACUUCCAAGUUUCAUUACUGUAGUAAAGGCUACACUAAAAAAGAUCAAUGCAAAAAAAUAAAUGACCUAAACAUGGGCAAAAUUGCACAAGGAUUCAUUACAUUACAAAUAUAACCUAUGGUAGAUCCAUUAAUUUAAGUAAUGUUGUUGAAGCUGACACCCUGGGAUCCUUCAAGAAGCUGCUUGAUGAGAUUCUGGGAUCAAUAAGCUACUAACAACCAAACGAGAAAGAUGGGCUGAAUGGCCUCCUCUCGUUUGUAAACUUUCUUAUGUUCUUAUGUUCUUAUAAACUUUUCAUCAUGAAUUUUCAACAUGAACCAGGUUGGGAACCCCCCAUCCUAUAUUAAUUAAAAAAAAAAAAAACUUAAAAUGUAAGAGAAGACUGUAUAACAAAACAUGCAUUUGAUAAACCAUUUAAACAGCUUAUCAUAAACAUUUGGAUAGUGCUGUAUCAAUAUUUAAAAAAAAAAAAACCAAAACAGAACACGGAAAGCAUUUAUUUUUACAUUGAAAUACUGUGCAGCAGAUAUGCAGUGGUUAAAUGAAACCUUGUAACAUUUAAAUGCUGUGCAAUGCUUUUACUGACAGUAUUAUGUUUCAGCGAUCUACUUGCAACGUUUGCAAUAAGAUAUAUUCCUUGCAUAGUACAGAAACUGUGAACAUUUUAGCUGAGCAGAUUACAAUUUCUACACAGUAGUAAUAGAGAUAGAAAGAGGUAAAGGUUACACAGAACAUGAUAGUUUUGUUCUUAGCUGCAUACAUUGUUGUAAAAAGGGCCAAUCUUUGGUGGUCUUUAUCAGGUUCUGGCUCCUUUUUUUUUAUCAAUGUACAGACAUGCCUACUGGUGCCGGCAAAGCUUAUGCCCCAUGUAGAAGAGGCAACCUACAGUAUGCACACAUGCAUAUUUCUCAUUAAAUUGCUCUCACAUACUGUAUCAAGAUCAAUACAAGACAUGCUUCUUUAGAAGGAAUCCAGGUAGCAUUGGGCAGAGUCUUAC